UUCUGUAUGGACUGAGUGGGAAGCUUCUGACGUCACGUUGCUCCGCCCACCACGCCGUGAGUCGGAGCGCGAGGCGGGGACGGAGGAGGAAGAUGGUGGAGUCGGGCGGGGCUGCUGUUCCGUUCCACUGCUGAAAUAACAGGCAGCCGAGCGCAGUUAAAUGUGUGGCUGUGUGCGAUACUGCACUGACCUGGAGCUGAGAGACUACUACCACCCUGUCCUCUGAGAAAAGCAAACCUCCAUCACUUUCUUCCUGGAGUGCCCUCUGUCUCCCCCUGACAGUCCACGGGAUAGAUGAGCCUAGGAGGCCUUGUAUUGGUCUGUGCUGUACCUGGCCUGGGGGAGAUGAUGCAGUGAGUGUGGACCAUCACUUGUCCUAGCCAUGAGCCAUCAGGAGGCGCCGCUGAGCUACGAGCCAGUUGAGGCAACCGAAGCCGACCUGGGCCGCCGAGAGCAGCCCUCCUCCCAGCGCAGACGACACGAAAACGCGGGCCGCUCUCGUCAUCAUCACAGUGGUAAUGGCAGCGAAAACAACCACUCCCAGCCCGGAUCACAGCGGCAACGCCGUCACGAGGGCUCUGAAGGGACCGGGCGACCACGCAUCUCCCGCAGGAUGCCUGAAGAAGGUGACGUGGAACAGCAGCAAGUUCAGCGGCCGAUCCCACGGCCUGCGGUGAGCCGCUACCGCAGGCAAGGAGACACAGAGGCGCGGCUGAGGGCUCAGCAACAGCGGCAGAGGCAGAGGGAGAGGGAAAGACAGCAGAGGGAGGCAGAAAGAGCUGAGCAACAGCGACUGGAGGAGGACGAGGAUGACCACAGUGCCCUGGCACGCUCUGCAAGUACAGAGAGCGGUUUCCACAACCACACAGACCAGGCCGAGGGUGAUGCUGUCAUGGCGCUGGAGGCUGAACCUGAGGAUGAGGGUAUGUACGGUGUGGCACUAAGACCCGAGGCGGAAGAAUAUGCAGAGAGCGCCGAAUCCGAGCAGCAGCCCCAGUACCCUCCCCAACCGCCUCCACUUCCCCACGAGCCCCUGCAAAACAUGGAGCGGCCAACCAGACACGAUGCCGAGGCACUCAACCCCGGUUACUCCAACUAUGUUUACGCACAGCCUCGGCCUGACGAUCAGCCCUAUUCCGAGCCCUAUGCUGACUAUGGAGUCCAGGAGCAUGUGUACGAGGAGAUCCCAGAAGCCCCAGAAGGAGAAAUGCCUCAGCAGCGUCGCGCUGGACUCCGGCUCCUGGAGCGCGAUUCGUACGGGCAGCAGGAGGCUGUGGGCUCCAGGCUCCACCACUAUGACGAGCGCUCGGACGGUGAAUCUGACAGUCCCGAGAAGGAAGCCGAAUUUGCACCUUACCCACGCACCGACAGCUGUGAGCAGGAUGAGGAUGUUGAGCACAUCAUGGACGAAGUGAAGGAGAGUUUGAGCUCACAGAGCCUUGAGCACCCUGCAGGAGAAAAGGGAACAGACAGACACAAAGAGGAAGAGCAGGCCGAGGAAGGGAAGCUUCAGGAGCUAGUGAACGAGGGAGGGAAAGGAGAGGAUGGCAGACUCCCCAUGAGCAGCCCCUCUGAGGAGUCGGCUCAGGUCAGGAGCAAUAGGCAGAAGAGGGACGCCAUCUCUCUGGCCAUCAAGGACAUCAAGGAGGCCAUCGAGGAGGUGAAGAGUAGGACGGUGCGUUCACCCUACACGCCAGACGAGCCCAAAGAGCCCAUCUGGGUGAUGAGGCAAGACUUGAGCCCCAGCAUGGAGUCGGACCUGCAGCCACCACUAGGGGGAGAUUCUCCAGGCCCAGCCUCCACCUCUCCCCAGGGGGCAGAGUCUUCCAGCAGCAACCUGCUGCAGCAUGAGGGGAGUGAAAACUUUGAGUCCCCAUCUCCUGCUGGCAAAGAGUCAAGGAGGAGCAUUGCUUCAUUCCCAACAUAUGUGGAAGUUCCAGGCCCGUGUGACCCAGAGGACCUCAUCGACGGCAUCAUUUUUGCCGCAAACUAUCUGGGCUCGACGCAGCUGCUGUCAGACAAGACACCAUCGAAGAACGUGCGCAUGAUGCAGGCUCAGGAGGCCGUCAGUCGCAUCAAGACGGCCCAGAAAUUAGCCAAAAACAGGAAGAAGCAGGCCCCUGAGGGUGAGACGCAGCCCAUGACAGAGGUGGAUCUCUUCAUUUCCACUCAAAGAAUCAAAGUGCUGAAUGCUGACUCUCAGGAGACCAUGAUGGACCACCCAUUAAGGACCAUUUCGUACAUCGCUGACAUUGGGAACAUUGUGGUUCUGAUGGCCAGGAGGAGAAUGCCUCGCUCUGACUCUCAGGAGAAUAUGGAGGCGUCUGAUCCAGCCCAAGAUGAAAAGCGCCAGUACAAGAUGAUCUGUCACGUGUUUGAGUCUGAAGAUGCCCAACUCAUAGCACAGUCCAUUGGCCAGGCCUUCAGUGUAGCAUAUCAGGAAUUCCUGCGUGCCAAUGGCAUCAACCCUGAGGACCUGAGCCAGAAAGAGUACAGUGACCUCCUUAACACACAGGAUAUGUACAACGAUGACCUCAUACACUUCUCUAAGUCAGAGAACUGUAAAGACGUUUACAUUGAGAAGCAGAAAGGAGAGAUCCUCGGAGUGGUGAUUGUAGAGUCAGGCUGGGGCUCCAUCCUUCCUACAGUCAUCAUUGCUAACAUGAUGCAUGCUGGGCCAGCAGAAAAAUCUGGAAGACUGAAUAUUGGAGACCAGAUCAUGUCUAUCAAUGGCACCAGUCUGGUGGGACUUCCUCUCUCCACUUGCCAGAGCAUCAUCAAGGGGCUGAAGAACCAGUCCAGGAUCAAGCUGAACAUUGUGAGAUGCCCACCAGUCACCACCGUGCUCAUCAGGAGGCCAGACCUGAGAUACCAGUUGGGAUUCAGUGUGCAGAAUGGCAUUAUUUGCAGCCUUAUGAGAGGGGGGAUAGCUGAACGAGGUGGUGUUCGCGUUGGCCACCGCAUCAUUGAGAUCAAUGGCCAGAGCGUGGUAGCGACUCCUCAUGAGAAGAUUGUACACAUUCUGUCCAAUGCAGUUGGUGAGAUUCACAUGAAGACUAUGCCUGCUGCCAUGUACCGCCUGUUGACAGCCCAGGAGCAGCCUGUUUACAUCUAAAAGCCACAACGAUACCCUCAACCUCCUGACCUCACCUCACCUCACCCCGAUCUUUAUCGUGUGGACUGAUGACUGUGUGAGUGAAUCCAUGACCACUAUUUAUCCACGAUGUUUCACUUUCUCCCUAUUACCUGUCCACUUCCUUUCAGCACAAGGUUUUCAGCCUCUAGUUCUGCGCACGUCUCCCCAUCCAGGUGGAAAAUACUGACCCAGACACAGAAUGAAAGAACUCCGUGACACCCUUCCCGAAAUUCCUCUGAUUAAAAGUCAUUUUUACACUCUAUUACCCUCUGUUAAAAUCUCACACUGUUUGGCCAUGCAGUGUAUACAAGCAGUGUGUUUGAUGUUAUUUAUGGAAACUCUUUUUUUCCCAUGUGAUUUAUUUGAACCUGGCAACCAUCAAACAUUCCAGCUUUAUUCUCUUCCACUCAAGUUAUAAACGAGCAGCUGUUAGCCAGAGUGUGGAGGGGCGGACUAAACAUUUCUGAGGAACUGCAGGCUCUAAGUGUGCAUUCCUCAGAAUAACGGUUAAUUAGAGUAAACAGAACUGUGUGCUCUGUGAUCAUACACAGAAGAGGUUCUCAAAUUUUUUAAGAGUCAGAGACCCUUUUACCCAUAAAAAAAAUCCACAGACACUCUCAGUACAGAUUUAUUUUACAAACAAACAGAUAAAAUAGCCACAUUAUUUAAAUGAGUACAAUAAUUGUCAUUAGAUUCCAGUUGACAUGAUAAUGGCGGGUUUCCACCUCUGUGAUAAAGUGAGCAUACAAGAUAUAAUGAUAUAAUGCACAAUGUGGACUAUUGAUGCCUUAAAAUAGUGAUGCCAUACAAGAACCACUCAAAGUUAAUCAAAUCAAGAUAUAGCACAAAGAAACGAGCUGAACUUCUUUUUGGUGGGAUGUAAAGACCAAAUUUAGUCAGAAUUAGAAUUUAGUCAGUUUAUUGAAAAAAAUGUGAAAAUUAUAUAAGUUUCACAAUGAUGGUGACCAGUGGUUAUUUUUUUUUAUGUCUGGAUUUCUCUUCAACUAACUGUGACAUUUUGUUGUGACUGAAUCAUUUCCACUGUUUUCUAGUGUACAGAACAUAUUUUUCCAUUUUUUUUCAAUUCUUUCUUAUUGAUCCUUUAUAUUCAAGGAUAAUUCUGUUUGUAUGUGUACUAAGUAUUUUAUUUUGGUUUGGAAAAAUAUUUAUACUUGAAAAAUAUUAUUUGAAGAAAUAUGUUUGUAAAGGCUUAUAAGUCAUAUACUGGCCUGUCUUUAAGAGGAUGAUUUUAUUUAGUUUGAAGUAAAACUAAAAAUGAUGCCCAUUCUGAGACCAGUUGUAGAAUUCAAGUUUGUUUCUCACCAUUUGACAGAUUCGAGCAUUUCCUGCAUUAGUGGUUGGCCACAAGCUCUUCAGUGUUCUGCCCUCAUAAAUGUGAUAGACUGUGAUUUCUCCCCAGGCUGGGUGUUUCACAGAACUCUCAAUUGCUUUUAGUGCACAUUUAGUAUAUUUCUCUGCCCUGGCUGAUCUCCACUAACUCACAGAUGACACAAUACAAAAGAUACUGUGAUAUAAAUGAUAUUGUGAAAUGAUUGGUACCAGUAUAUCAGAAAUACCACAGGUAUAGGUGCAUAUAUAACCCAAACAGGAAUAUGAAGCAUUGUGAUGUUAAUGGUACCAUGGAUUUAAGUCUACAUUCACAAUCACAGGCCACAUUUUUUGCUGCAGUAUGUCCGUGUCAUAUACCCAAACGUGGCUCUUGUACACACACUGCUUUGUGUCUCAUCUCUAAACAUCCUUGCCUUACGACUGCUGUAAUUUCCAUGGACGCACAAGCAGGACGGCGUCACAGUACUUUUCUUAAGCAUGGUCUAUCAUGUCUUUGGUAUGCAUUCAUGCUAGUAGUGGGUGUGAUGUGUGACGACAAAUUACUCCACUGUAAAACAAAACCAGCUACAUAACUGCAUAUAAAUAUAUAUUUAUAUACGCACAUACAUUUCAGUAUACACAUCCAGUGAUUGUGUAUAUACAGUAUGUACAUUUAAGAAUUGCAAAGCAGAGGGCAAGAGAGUUGGACUCGUGUAGUACUCUCUUUAUCUCUGUCCGAGAGGAUUUCUUCAGCUUCUGAGACGUGUUGAUAGCAGACACACUGAAAGUGUCAUCAUGUUUAUGUCAGUAUGACUGCAUUAAGCUGAAGUGUGACACACCUAAUCGAGCUCCAGUGAACAGGAAAGUGAUGUUCAUAGCAAAUUCAAAUUGAACUGCUGGAGCGACCAGUUCUAAUUCAAUUAUUAAAAUAUAAAUAACACUGCAGUUCUGUGUAUACAAACAAGGCCACAUAUAUGCAAGCUUUAAUGAUGAUGUUGGCUUUGGAUGGGUUUACAUGGGAGAAUAAAUCAAAAAUCACUGUAUGUGCUGCUUUAUGGUCAUUGGUGAAACACAGUCAAGACUAAAAUUCCCCCAAGACACAAUGAACACAUAGAUGUGAAGUACACACUCGUGUCUGUACUGCGAGAGUAAACACAGGGCCUCGUGUUGUUGUUAUAAUUAGGAGAUAAAGACGAGAGUAGAUGGUGGGUUUGACUAGUGUUUCUUAUGCACUCGCUCUGAAUGUAUUUAAACUUAUAUCUAUGUUUGUCUAUAUGGUAAAAAAAUAAAAAAUAGGGAAAAAAUAACACUUUCUGUAAAGCAAUGGCAAUGUUUAUUUAUUUGCGAGCUUUUUCUGUGAUGAAUCAUUGAGCCACAUUCCUACGCCAUAGCAGGAAUGUUUGUAACAGUAUUUACGACAAUAAAUGACUUAAUGAGAAAAUA